CACCCCGCCCCGCGGCGCCAUGUCGGGUGAGGGCAGCCGCAGGGCCCCACGUGACCCGCGCGGCCGCGGCCGCCCUUAAAGCGCGGCGGGCGGGCGGCGCGGGCAGCGCCCGGCACCAGCCGCAGGCUUAUCUUUUUUCUCUUUGCAAUAACUAGAAGUACCUGCCAGCAAAUCUGCGAUGCAUAUCAUGAGCGCUCACCAUGGUUAAUGAGACCCAGCAGGCCUGCAGUGCCAGCUCCAGCUCCAGGUCCGAUGGCAGCAGCAGCGGCAGCGAGAGCUCCAAGGACAACUCGCGCUGCUCCACGCCCGUCCUCGACGCCGACCGGCACGAGCGGCUGCGGGAGAAGAUGCGCCGCCGGCAGGACGCCGGGGACAAGUGGUUCUCCCUGGAGUUCUUCCCUCCACGCACAGCCAAUGCUGCUGUCAACCUCAUCUCCAGGUUUGACCGCAUGGGAGCCGGUGGUCCCCUCUUCAUUGAUGUGACAUGGCACCCUGCAGGGGACCCAGGAUCUGACAAGGAAACCUCUUCCAUGAUUAUUGCCAACACUGCAGUGAACUACUGUGGCCUGGAGACCAUCCUGCACAUGACAUGCUGCAACCAGACCAAGGAUGACAUCACAGGGCAUCUGCAGAAGGCCAAGAGGCUCGGGUUGAAGAACAUCAUGGCACUGCGUGGAGAUCCUGCUGGUGAGGAAUGGGAGGAAGAAGUAGAUGGUUUCAACCAUGCUGUUGAUCUGGUGAAGCAUAUUCGCAAUGAAUUUGAUGAUUAUUUUGACAUCUGUGUGGCAGGCUACCCAAAGGGUCAUCCUGAAGCAGAGAGCUAUGAGGCAGACCUGAGGCACCUGAAGGAGAAAGUCUUUGCUGGAGCAGACUUCAUCAUUACACAGCUUUUUUUCCGACCAGAAACCUUUCUCAAGUUCAUGAAGGAUUGUCAAGCCAUUGGCAUUACCUGCCCCAUUAUUCCUGGCAUCUUCCCUAUACAGGGUUACCACUCCUUGCGCCAGCUGGUGAAGCUCUCUAAGCUGGAAGUGCCUCAGGAAAUCAAGGAUGUGAUUGAACCCAUCAAGGACAACGACGCAGCUAUCCGGAACUACGGGGUGGAGCUGGCCGUGUCCAUGUGCCGGGAGCUGCUGGACAGUGGGAUGGUGCACGGGCUCCACUUCUACACCCUCAACAGGGAGGUGGCCACCACCGAAGUCCUGAAGCGCCUGGGCAUAUGGAAAGAGGACCCAAGGCGGCCUCUGCCCUGGGCAGUCAGUGCUCACCCCAAGAGAAGAGUGGAGGAUGUCCGGCCAAUCUUCUGGGCCUCCAGGCCCAAGAGUUACAUCUAUCGCACCCAGGAGUGGGAUGACUUCCCCAAUGGCCGAUGGGGUAACUCCUCCUCUCCAGCUUUUGGGGAGCUGAAGGACUAUUACCUCUUCUAUCUGAAGAGCAAGUCUCCCCGGGAAGAGCUUUUGAAGAUGUGGGGAGAAGAACUGACUGGUGAGGAAAGUGUCUUUGAGGUGUUCACAUGUUACAUCACUGGAGAACCCAACAGGAAUGGGUACAAGGUUACGUGUAUGCCUUGGAAUGACGACCCUCUUGCCACUGAAACCAACCUUCUGAAGGACCAGCUGGAGAAGGUCAACAGACGAGGGAUCCUGACCAUCAACUCCCAGCCAAACAUCAAUGGCAAACCCUCCACAGACCCUAUUGUAGGCUGGGGGCCCAGUGGAGGUUAUGUUUUCCAAAAGGCAUACCUGGAGUUCUUCACCUCCAGUGAAAUUGUCACGGCACUGCUCAAGGUGCUGAAGAAGUACGAGCUGCGAGUGAACUACCACAUUGUCAAUGUCAAGGGCCAGAAUAUCACCAACGCUCCAGAUCUGCAACCCAAUGCUGUCACCUGGGGUAUCUUCCCAGGAAGGGAGAUCAUCCAGCCCACUGUCGUGGAUCCUGUGAGCUUCCUCUCCUGGAAGGACGAGGCCUUUGCGCUGUGGAUUGAGCAAUGGGCCAAGCUCUAUGAAGAGGAGUCACCCUCUCGCAUGAUCAUCCAGUACAUCCAUGACAACUAUUACUUGGUCAACCUGGUGGACAAUGACUUCCCACUAGAAAACUGCCUCUGGCAGGUUGUGGAGGAUACGUUUGAGCUGUUGAACUCUGCAACUCAGCAGUGAAAAUUCUUCUAAUCUGUUACUUCCUCCUCCCGUCCACUGACUUCGUCCACUGCCUUCGGUGAAAGAAGCAGCUCCUGUGCUGACAACGAACACACUCCUAAACCAUGAUCAGGGUGCUCCUCUGAUCUACCCACACUGUGUUCUUCUGUCCCCAACACAAAGGCUCCCUGAGCCAUUCUCACUGAACAAUAGCCAGAGCUACCUGAACCUCUGAGCUGAGGCUCCAGACUAAGCCCAAAAGCCAGGGUCUGCAGGAUGAAGAGCUGCUAAUCAUGAUUAUGCUAAUUACAGUAACAGGGGAACAUGAGAUUCUGGUAACUUUCCCAUGCCAGAAAUGCUGGCAGGGUGACAGAAACACUCCUGUCAGCUGUACCUAUGCAAGGGGAUUAUAUCAGUAUUUACCAACCGGGAAAAGAAGGUCAAAUUGCUUUUAUACUGCACUCCUAAAAUGUAUUUCUUCAUAGUUCAUUACCAUCAGGCACUUUUGCACUCACUCCAGAAGAAGGUUCUUUUCACUUUUCUCCUUGUAUUGUAUUUCCUGUUUUCUUUGUAAUAGGACUUUGGGAAUUUCCAUUCUGGAUAAGACUUAAGUAGGAAUCCCACUAUUUCCUAGAUUACAUACAAUAAAAUACAAACAUCUCUUGUA